UGUGCAAGUCAUCCGAAGUCGUCACUUAAAGUUCGAAAAGGUUGUUAGCUGUAUAUCGACGACCGCAGAUAUCGCUGUAAUUAAUGUCUUUGAGGUGAAUCACAAGAACUUGAAUUUUUGUUGUUUGCUUGGUCAUAAGCUGAUAGAUUUUUGACUAAUCAUUUCUUUUGAGCAGCAUCCAAAAUUAUUCCCCUUUGCGUAAAAAAAGAUUGCAUAUCAUUUUCAUAAUCAAACUGAAUAACAAUCAAGUUAAAAGAAAACAAGCUAAUGAAGUUCCUCUUCCUGAGAAGAUUGUCGCUCUGCUGCUAAAUGAAAGACUAAAAAUAUAUAGAGCGCAUGCUAGCAAAAAUUAAUUCGAUCGAGCUUUAUGUCUGUGGUAGUGAAAAGUAGAGUAAAAUUAAUAUUUGCAUAUAUAGCUUAUAUGCAAAUAUUUAAAUACUACAUAUGAAGGUACGAUGAGUGCGAUUACACCUGGAACGAAACGACUUAAUGCGAAAUGCGCAUCGUAACUGCGCUUUUUCUUUUGUGGAUGACUCAUGCUGCAAGACCCGAUGUCGGAUCCAACAACUUCCCAUCAGUGUCCAAAGGUCUCGGGGAUUCUUUCUACCAAGAUACACAAAAACCGCCUGUGGAUUGGAAGAACUUUUUCAACUUUACUCGCCAUAGACGAGGGGUGAUCGGGAAAUUAACACGACUGAGCAGCGGCGGGUCAUUUAAACCAGGGAAACGUCAUAAAAGGGAAGCAGCAGAUGAAACAACAGUCUCAAAGCAAGUUCAGCUCUCCAGUCUCACCGGGAAUGGCUCGGUGACACGAAAAGGCGACAACGGAGUGGUCGGGGAGCUGGUGGCUCAGGACCAGGACGGCAACGUGGCGGCUGGCCUAGCCGAGCUGCAGCUGCCCGACCAGGGCGUCACCGGGCCCGUGUACGAGCUGGUCGGCGCCGGCAUCAAGAUUCCGCAGCCCACAGCGGUGCCCAAGUCUUCACUGAAGUCGGGCAAAAACUCCAGCGCCGUCGGCGAGGUGACGGUCAACAUCCAGCACACCAACCAGCAGAAGCACCCAAAGAAGAAAGUGCGCCACUGGUGUGACCUGUCCGGCGUUUGGAUCAAUGACGAGGGCUCGCUGCUGCUGACGCUGGGUUUUCCGUCCAGCGACCAGACGUUACUGACCGGCUACCUCAGUCAGGUGUCAGUGGACAUGACACCCACCGAGGAGGCUGGCUGGAAACGACGCCGGAAACGGCGGCACGCGCGGCACAGUCACCAUCACAAGCGCCGCCGCCGCCGCCGCCGGCAGCGACACCGCCGCGACAUCGGCAUCGGCCUGGGCAGCUCCCGGCACGACUCUCAGCCGCCGCCCCACUUCCCUCCGCCGCCGGCAGGGACGUCGGGAAUCCCGUCAUCGCUGACCAACCGCACCGUCCUGCAGGGCUCGGCCGUGACACGUGCCGGCCCGUUCACGGUGGUGACUCGUCACGGCGGAGGUGCCGUCGGCAGCAUGGUCGGCCAGUGCCAGGUCUGCGGAGGCCUGGACACGAUCGUGGCGCAGUUCAUCUCCGUCUCGGAGGUGUUUGCGUGCAUCGAUGCGCUGUGGAGUCACAAGUCUGUGCACUUUAUGUUUCGGAAGUGGGGCGAGCGGCACCGGCGGCGGCACCACCACCGGCCGCAGCUGCUCGAGACGGAGGUGGUGAUCAAGCAGCGCGACCGCAGCCGCACGCCGCCGCCGCCGCCGCCGCCCGAGACGGAGACGGUGGAGAUUGAGGAGGAGGUGGUGGAGAAGGUCAUCAAGAGGUGAAAGAGCACCGGGAGCAUGACUGGUGGGAGAUGAGCCGGUGUGCGGAAGGCGAGGGACUCUCAGGGUGCGCCAAGGACGACAUAUUUUUUCGACUUUGUUGAGUGUAAGGAUAUUAAUGGAUAAUUUCGCACAUGGUGCUUUAGACUGUCAAGGGGACGUCGUCGCCGUCUCAGUAUAGCUUGCCUUGCUUAUUGUAAAUGUGACUCAUUGGCUGGCGUGUAAACUUGGUUCACAAAUGUUAUCAGAAUAUCGCAUUGAACAAUAAAUAAUCUACUUAUU